UUAAUUAGGAGCUACCGUAUGUACUCCACGUUUAAACAAACACUUGAUAACAGACCGAAUAGACUCUGUAAACUUUCUAAAGACUGAUGCAAACAUGUCUUUUUCCGGUUUGAAAUAAAAGAAUCCCACUAAUAGGUCGAAUGUACUUCUACAUAAAAAUAUACUCCAUAUUAAAUCAAAAAGAUUCUGGUACAAAUCUACAUUGACGUUAAUUAAUCCAAGCAUAUGGGCGUUUUUUAUGGUGUCAAAUAUGCUUCCAGGUAGGCCGAAAAUUAGAAAGGUUGAUGAAUUUAUAACUAGAAAUAAUGAACCCUUAAUUUUUGUUCGAUCAGCGUCAUUGGCAGGCUUAUUAGAUGAAUCUUGUUUUGUACUUCGAAGAAUGCGUCUAAAGAAGGCCAGAUUAAUUAAGGUUGCCAGUAUUAACUGUAUUGGUGCUAAAUGUGAACAGAACGCUCGAAAAAAUAACAAGUAUUCGCUCUUUGACUCAAACCAACAGUGGAUUUUGUCUCCAAUCUCUAUUAAUCCAGCUAGUAUGAAGAAUGGUAGCGCCAUGGUAAAAGUUACAAUAAAAAUUACGGCAAGAAAAAUCCGAGCGUAUUUAUUCGGCAGGUUGGCAUAUAGUACUGGUUUAUAAACAGUUAAAGUUCUGUCUAUUGCUGAUCCAAGAACAAUAUUGCUAAAUAGUGUAGAAGAGAAAGCCUGUGAGAAACGAUAAAUUUGACAUGAAAUUUGUGAAUGAUAAUAUACAAAGAAAUAAGCUUCACCAUUUGUUGUGUACGAUAAUCCUUUAGGUAGAAAAUACGUAAACACUCCAAAUACAAUAUACAUCAUUACAACUGCUACUAAUAAGCCAGUAUAGUAUAUUGAUGAACGCUUCGUAGUUGCACUCAUAACUUGAACUACUAUCAGUGUGGUGUAGAUUGGGACUGAUGUGGAUAUGACUAAAGGUAGUAUGUAAGCUGAUAUAAAACCAACUAAUGUUGAGAUUAUGCACAAUGCAUCAUUAAUCUCUGUCCAUUCAACUUUCAAUAAAUUACAGGUAAGUGUGACAGUCCAUGGCGAUUCUGUGAAAGGCCAGGUAGUUGCAUUAUAUUUCAU